UGUCGAACACAUUAACUUCGUUAAUUAAUAUUUCCUUCUACAAUUAAAUUUCAUUUUAAAGAAGUUAUGGAAUCGCAGAAUAACUAUUCGUUGGUAAAUCCACCCCUUUUCCAUAAGGACGGAAAAAAUAAUCAUGACAUACCCAAACCCAUAACAUAUUGCCGUUCGCCAAUAUUUCAAGGUAUCAUCCUUGGUUGGUCUGCUUCCAUUUCGAUAGUGAUAUUAGCUAUCUUUGCGGGAACAUUAAGCCAGAUGAUAGACUUCAAUGUCAUAUGGGACUUGCGUAUUGGUAUCUUUUUAUCGAUAGUAACAGUAAUCACAAGGAUAAUGUCUGUUGCUGUAGGGUUCAUGUUGCCAGCUAUUUUAGCGGGAAUACUUUCCUUCAUUCAAAUACCAAUUCUAAAAGUACCAGGUGCAACAAUCAUUAAAUUAAUGGAUGCAUCCAUGACCCGUGGCUUAUGGAGUACCUUAACCGUCUGUUUUAAUUCUGGUCGAACUUAUAAACUCACAAUAAUUGUUGUCUCAGUAUUGACGUGGCAAUAUAUAACAUCAGCAGUUGAUUUGUACGUCCAUAUCACCGCCACUGGAAAUUUUCAAAGAUUACCUGGUCAAAUAAUCACAAGCGCGAGGGCAAUAAACAUAGCAACCAAUUGUUCUGAAGAUUCACCAGCCUUUGAUACUUGUGGACAAUGGCAAGCAGCUACCAAUGGUGGGCUAUUGAAUCCUGCCAGAGCAUUGGAGACUUACCAAAACAAAAGCAAGACUUUACAAGUUUGGCAUGCUGAUGGUGGAAUUUAUCUUUUACAAUCCUCGCCCCCACAACAAGCCUAUUCAUACUCUGGGUCAGAAGCCAGUUAUGGUGCCAGGACAGGAUACACUUGCCCUGAGACAUUAUGGUCCGCUUCAGGAAACACACAAGCUUUUGGUCUGAAUGAUGUAGGAGUGAAUGUUACAACAUUUACUUAUGAUCUAGCAAAAGAUAAAUACACAUCAUCUAAUCCAAUGCAUGCAAUUGUUUCCGCACGAUAUCCCAGAGGGGGAUUAAUGAAUUAUGAUUCUGAAUUUAUAAACGAAGUACAUGGUGACCUUUCAAUCCUAUUGCAUUGCCAAAUACUUUCCUCAUUAAUUGAAUAUGUGAUCACUCUUGGAACAAUAAAAGCAACUACAUUUGGAAAUCUAACCAACCCACAGCUUGUAGCCCUUGUAGGUGCAUCAACUCGUAUGAGUCAACGAGCAGCUCAGGAUAUUGCAGAUAUAGUGUACACAGGAAAUAGUACAUUAUUUGCUAAUGCGUUUGCACAACAAUGGGCUUUAGCAACUAUUGCUUCAUUUACUGGCGCAGUACAAGAGAAUGAAGAAAAUGGAGGAGGAUAUAAUUAUGUGCUUGAAGUGAAUAAAGACCAAACUGUUGUUCCACUUCCAGUUGUCUUACUCUAUGCUAUUGUUAUCAUAUUUCCACCAUUAAUCUAUUCUUGUAUAUGUCUUUAUUCUUUCAAAAAUUGGUCAGAUGAUAUAAAUAUCAACUGGAUACUUGCUGAAUUCAUCUGUAUACCACAGAGACUACUUUAUCAAACCUUAAUUGGUGAACAUUAUGUAGAUGAUGCUUGUUUAAAGAGCUUGGCAAUGCAAGAAAAAAAUCUUAAAAAGGUUGAAUUUGAUAUUAAAGUGGAAGAUGGGCAUGUAAUAUCACAAAAAUUAAAAAAAGAAAUUCAAUAAUAAAUUAAUAAUGCAUUAUUCUUAAAUUAU